UUACCGACCACUGGGACACUGUGCCGUGUGCGUAAGUUGAUUGAAUUACAGUGCAGCUGUAGGCGCGUAACCCGUAUGGCACAGGGGAGACUCCCCACUGCCGGUACCCGUAAAGAAAGAAGUUACGAACAGUCUGAGUCAAUUUAUGCACUAGUUACUAGCCAUCAAAAAGGAUAAACAAUAUAGUUUACAAAAAAGGCUAUGUUCCGAAGUAUUGACUGACGCAUGAUUAUCACUCGUGUUUUUUUAUUAUGAUUAGUAUUUGAUUGUGAUUUUAUUUAUUGUGAUUAAUAUUCUACAUUUUGCAAUAAGAUACAAAAUCUUUAACCAAUCAAUAGAAUAAGUGAAGUAAAACGUCUUCUGUGACAUUUAAUUUUGCAUUAAAAUGGAUCCCCGUAUUCAUCGACGUGCCGAGCCAGAAAGGAGUUAUUCAGACACAGUUGUGGAAUGGCUAAAUGAAGCUUCAAUCAGCAACGAUGAAGCUAUCAAAGUAGAAAAUUUAUCAAAAGUACAAGAAAUAAUUAUAAAUCAAGAACCACUUCUACUGGACAACUAUCUUGAAGAAGUCUUACAAUUUGCACUUGACCGAAAUGCAAAAGUGAGACAAUCUAUAGCAGGACUUAUAGAAGAGGCUGCAGAGAAGCAACCUGAAGUUAUUCCUAAAAUUUUAAAUGUGCUGUUGAGGCUGAUUAGUGAUGAAGCACCUAUCGUUUCAAAGCGUGCUUUAAGAGCUGGUAGCAAAAUCCUCAGAGCUACGCUUAAAUGGAUUGCUUCGGAGUCUGUUGUUACAACUGAAAUGGAAAAUGCUUGGAUGUUAAUCAGUAAUUUGAAAAUUCAAGUAAUUAAUAUGAUAGAUAGUGAUAAUGAUGGUAUUCGAACACAAGCUUUGAAAUUUCUUGAGGGUGUUGUACUUCUUCAAACUUAUGCAGAUCCUGAUGCACCAAAAAAACCAGAUGAUUUUUCAUUAGAAGAAGUGCCUUUAACUUUGAAAAUUACUCGUAGAAGAAAAUUAGAAGAAGAAGCUAAUCAUGUGAUGGACCUUAUGCUCAAAUUUUUUGGAUCUUUACAUGUCAGUAGUGUAAAUCUCAUAACUUGCAUGGGGUCAUUGGCUUUAAUUGCCAAAAAUCGCCCACAAUUCAUGCCCAAUAUUGUGCAAGCUAUUCAAAAAUUACAAAGUAACUUACCUCCAACAUUAUCUGACUCUCAAGUAACGAGUGUUCAAAAGCAAUUAAAAAUAACAUUACUUGGACUUUUGAAGCACCCAGCCAGCAUAGAAUAUGCACAGACAAUUGCAAAGCAGUUAACUUCUCUUGGAUGUAAAGAUAGUGAAAUAAAUAAAAAUUAUCCGCAGAAAGAAGAGAUAAGAAAAGUCAAAAAACGACAACAAGAAAAACAAGAAAGUUUAGCUGCUGCUAAAAAAGCCAGAAUAGAACCUCAAAUUUUAUCCAUGGAAACAGAUGAAGCUAUGAUAGAUGAAUCAAAAAUGCCUCAAUUAGUUGAAUUAAGUGAAAAUUUUAUUGCAGAAAGGUUGAGUGUUGAAAUUGCUACAGAUUUGGUUAUGGACAGCAUGGCUUGGGUACCAGAUACAAUGACAAAAAUCUUUCACAAUGAAUAUCAACCAACUGCAACAACAGAUAUUACUAAACAGCGUCAAGUUGUAGCUAAAUUGCUUGCAUCUCAGAUAAAACAAGCUAGGUCAAGAAAAAUGAAAAGUGAUUCAAAAGAAGAUAAGACGGAGUUGAUGGAAGAUUUGAUUAAGAAUCCAUCUAUUAGUGUAGCUGAAGUUAAAAGUCAACGUAAACUGGCUAAGGAUAGAGAAAAAGAACAGCAAGCCAAAAUGGCCCUAGAAACUCAUGAAAAAUCUUUAGCCAAGGCUAGAAGUAGAUUGAAAUCACUAAAACUCUCGGAAGUAACAAAGCCAAUGGCAAAAGAAGCCAGAGAUAAAAUGUUAUUAAUGGCUGUCAAUAGAAUUUUAGCUACUGAAAAAAGUGUGAUUCUAGGAGGUGUUGCCAAUGUGAGGAUAAAAAUUCUUACAACACUUGCUGCAACUUUCAAUCCAUAUGUAAAAGAGGCAAUCAUAAAUCAUAUAACUGAAGAUAUAAGAUCUAGAAUAGAACUAGCUUUUAGUUGGCUUUAUGAAGAGUAUGCUUUACUUCAAGGUUUUCAACGGCGUACAAUUCUUUGUUCUAUGACACCAGAAGCACCUCACCAAGCUUACAAUUACCUGCUUAUAACAUUAGUUACUUCAAUCCAAAACGUUUAUGGAAAAGAUCGCGAUUCUCUCUUGUCCAGGGUUUAUCUAGAAGCUCCAUUGAUAACUGAAGAUGCAGUGGAAGCAUUAAAAACAAUUUCAUCAGACGAAACAAGGGGCUUAGCACCAUUACACUUACUAAAAGAAUUAGUUAUUAGAAGACCAACAAAGCAGCUUGUUUUUUUAAAUGUUUUACUUUGUCAUACAGGACAUGAAAAUUCUACAAUUCGAGAAAAUGCCAUCAAAUUAGUUGUUGAAUUGAACGCGUAUCCAGAAUUGGCUAAAAUGAUCGGGGAAUAUGCCGUGCUUUACCUCGGGUUCUUGAGCAACCCUAAUCCACCUGAAAUAGUUUUUGGAUCCGAUCGAGGAAGACCAAAUCUAGAAGAAACUUGGUCCGAAUCUACGACUAGGGCAUGUUUAGGUCUCUAUUUAGCUCUUUUGAGCGAACAUCAAAGUCUUAUUCAUGAACUUUCUCGUGUCUAUUCAUCUAUGACUGCCGAAGUUAAAAGAGUUGUAUUAAGAUUGGUCGAAGGACCAGUAAAAAAUUUAGGGAUGGCCAGUCCUCAAUUGCUCGAACUCGUGGAAACCUGUCCAAAAGGAGCAGAGACUCUCAUUACGAGAAUUAUCCAUAUACUCACGGAGAAGGCCACUCCAAGUGCCGAGUUGGUCGCAAGAGUUCGUGAAUUAUAUCAAACGAGAGUCUCAGAUGUUAGAUUUCUCAUUCCAGUUCUUAAUGGUUUAACAAAAAAAGAAGUGAUUUCAGCUCUACCGAAACUUAUAAAACUGAAUCCAAUUGUAGUUAAGGAAGUAUUCAACAGAUUACUGGGAACUCAUAACAAUGAUAGUGGAGUACCUCAUACAUCCCCUGUUACACCAGCUGAACUGCUGAUUGCUUUGCACACCAUUGAUCCAAGCAAAGCUGAACUUAAAACUAUUAUAAAAGCUACGUCACUUUGUUUUGCUGAAAAACAAAUAUUCACGCAAGAAAUUGUAGCAGUAGUAAUGCAACAGCUCAUGGAUAUGAAUCCAUUGCCUACUUUACUUAUGCGGACUGUCAUACAAAGUCUAACAUUGUAUCCACGUCUAAGUGGAUUUGUUAUGAAUAUUUUGCAACGAUUGAUACUUAAACAAGUUUGGAAAUUCCCAAAAGUAUGGGAAGGAUUUGUGAAAUGCUGCGAAAGAACUCAACCACAAAGUUUUUCAGUUAUACUACAAUUACCUCCCCCUCAGUUAUCUGAGGCAUUAAAUAUGUCUCCUAAUUUGAAAGCUCCACUUAUUGCACAUGUGGAUUCUAUUGCUGAAAAUCAAAGGGCACAUAUCCCACAAUCGAUUAUGGAUGUUAUCAAAGGAAAACCACAAAUUACAAUGCAUGACGAAUUUGAUAUUGCUCCACCAGGUGAUUUUCCCAAUGAACGAGUUGAAACAGCAGAUACAGAUAAUUUAGAACCAGCACCACCUGGUUUAGAUUAACUGUUUUUUUCUAUUGUAUUGUAUUUGUUAUAAUACAAGAAUAUAAUUUUAUAAUUAUUAUAAAAUACUUAUUUUGGAAUCUUUAUUAUUGAUGGCAAUGUUAUCAAUUUAAUGUAAGACGAGUCUAUUCAUUUAUCAAUUUAUGUACUCCAGUGUAAAGAAUAUACACAGAUUUGUAAAUAUUCUAUAAUUUAUUAAUUAUAAGUAUUACAUUUUUCAAA